AUGGCGGGCACGCCGUCUCGCUCUCAGAACGUCGUCGGUCUAGGUCCUUUCGAAAUCUACGCCGAUGCUGGUCCUUCACUGCAGCAAUCCAGCCCAAGGCUGCCUAAUGGAUCCUGCAAUUUCGUCGACUUGACCCCCGGGACCAACGGAGCCAAGUGCGGUUGUCGCCGCUUCUGGCCUCGCCAGGGUAUAGACGGUCCAGUCACUGAACAGGUUGGUUGGUGCAUGUGUGCCCACCAUGCAUGCUAUCAUGACCAAGGACCCCUUCAAGACGGUCAACUUCAGCUACAGUAUCAACCCUUCAUCAAUCCCCAUGGACAGGAGAACCAAAGGCCUCGUACCGGGCGGGAACCAUUGACACCUGUUGCCGACGUGUCGGUGCAGAAUGUCUCCUCGGCUCUGGAAAUAGACUUUGCAGCCUUCAGCCCGGGACCCUCGCUCUCCUUUGUUCACGACUUGCCAGCCAUGACCGAAGGGGACCUUUGCGGGCCGGGACCGAGUCUGCAGCCUCCAGGCUCCAUGCCCGAUACGUUGGCUUGGGAUGAAUACAUACAGUCAUCCAGACCCUCUGUGCAUGCUCCAUCGUCCGCGCAACAGGCGGUGCCCGCCGUGUUGCCGCAGAUUCCCUCCCAGCUGCUGAUGCCCUCACAGACUACGUCCCUCACCUCAUCUGCUCAGGCAAAGUACAGGCGACCCUUUGCGGGAAAAGGACUGGAUACACUUGGUGGUGCCAAACCGAAAGGCCACAUGGCCCCUUCAUCCCUCAAGCAGUGUCCCCCGGCGGAGUCCGAUUUGCCAAACGGCCCGUCACAGGAGCUUGUCCGGACAGAUGGGUCCUUUGUUUUUGUAGGCCACGGAGAACAAGGCGCAGAAACGCAACCGGAGCCUCGAGCCGUCCGAAGCUAUCGGCAGGGAAUAUCCAGGGAGGCCAUCAGGAAUUUAUCCGAUACCGUCGGCGGUCAUGAACAGCGUCUAGAUCGCUUGGAGACCUUGUCGUUUUCCGCCGACGGCCACGAGGAAUGCCUUGAGAAACAUGACCACAUGGAUCUGCGGGUCACAGACCUAGAGCAGCGGAUGGAGGGGGUCGAGAAAGUGGCCGAGAUGGCCACUUGCGCGAGCAACCAAGCCGACGGCGAGGACGACGGCGUCAAAAGCGUCGCGUCGACAGCAGCAAGCGUUGCAAGUCGCCUCAACUCGGAUGAAGUCAUGUCUCAAAUCACCACCUUGCAUGCGCGCUUCACUCAUCUCGAAUCCCUUCUUCCCUCGGCCGCCCACGCCUGGGUUGUGGAAGUUGUGUUCCUCCCGUUUCCCCUCAGGAGGCUCUGGCAGGACCUGUCGCAGUUUAGUAACGGUGACGUGGCUGUCAGCCACGACGACUGGACGCAGGUUCCCGCGACGCUGAGCAGCGCCACCAGGCGAUCGCAGUCGCCCUUUGGCGGCGGAGGCGGCGAGUGGGCAGCGGCGGACCAAGACGACUGGCUGCACCCCCGUGCCUGCGGGGACAAGAGCACGCAAGACAAGAGACUCCGAAGCCGCGGGCUCGUCCGGACCGUGUCGUUCCGCGGGCCCGACGCGAGAAGCGUGCAGAGCGCCAUCCACGAAGCCUUUGGCACGGUGUUUCGAGCCAUGGGCAUGACGACGCGGCGCAGCAGCCACGCCACGGACGACGGCUUCAUCCAGUACCUCGGCCUGCAAGAGGCCUGGGUGCCACUUCGGAAAAUCCGCAAGGACUCGAGGCUCCGGUUCUUGAGCGCCGCAGAGAUGCUGACGCCUGCCGCGUGGGACGUCGGCUUGCUGCAUUCCGCAGCCAUGAAGGCCGCGCAGCCUCGGCUGUUCAUCACGCAUCCCGACGCCUACGUCCAAGGCCGCGCGGCGUACCAGUCGGCCUGGGACUGGCAGCGCGUACGCGACAUGGACCGCGUGCCCCUCGACGCGACCGAGUCCCAGGAAGUCGGGGAACCCGACGCCGCGGAGCACUGCUGGCUGUGGAACGAGCAGCUCGACACGGCGCUCGCAAGGCCCUCCCCCCGGCUCCUCCUCGCACGCUCUGUGGUGCCGAGGAACCACGACGCCGAGUCUCCCGCCCCCAGGCCGGCAGCAGGCCGUCGAGCGCCGAAGCCGCCCCAUAUCCGCACCGCUUCCGUGCCCGCCGCCGCCGCCGCCGCCCGGCGAAUCGUAUCCCACCACGGGCGGAGCAGCAGCAGCCGGCCGUCGUCGCCGCUUGCCCGCGCGCAGCCGCCGCAUUCGGGCGUCGUCAAGAGAAGCCGCAGCGUACGCUCGCCCAGCUACCUGCGCCACACCCCCCGCUGGACCGCCUCGCCGAGCCCGCCCCCGCCGCCAUACGGCGCGUUUGCGCGGCAAAUCACCCCGGGCCUCACGCCGCUCGCCUACGCCACGCCUCACAGCAACGCGCCCCUGCAGGAGCUGCGGCCCGCCCACCAGCGAGGCAGCAGCGUUGCCAGGAGCCACGUGCCGGUGGACUAUGCCACCGACGAGCUGUUUGACAUUGAAAUCUACGAGAGCGGGUCCGACGCGUCGUACCGCACCGACGACGACGGGGACGACGGGGACAAUGACGACGGCGACGACGACGACGACGACGACGACGACAAUGACGACGCGGCAGCGGCUCACGCGCCCGCCGGCGCGAGCGUGGAUCGCGAGUCCCCCCUCCGCCAGCUGCCCGAGGACGAGCCCUGGCCAGGCAUCGAGGACCAAGACCUGCCCUCCGACGGGGAAAACGUCGAUCCGCGCCACGACCACGUCGCGCCGGACCAGCGCAGCAGCGCGAGCAGCCAGCCGUCCGAGUAUCCCUCGACCGAGACAGCCUGGCCGGGCGACCACCGCGCCGGCUUCCACAUCCACGAGGACGAAGCGUGA